AUGUGUCAGAGAAAGGUCAAGCUGAAGGAUGGCGUGGUGUUCCUGGGAGCUAGAGCCAGUAACCCUGUUGUGUGGACGCGUGGAGGUGGCAGGCUACCAGCAAGUGCUACAGGUGGACCUGGAGGUGAAUGGCCUGAUGGUGACUCAGGGGGGGUGGAGUAUCCACUCACCCGCACCCUGACCUCUGAGGUGCAGACCCUCAUCCGCCUGGCCCCACAGGACUUUGGUGGCAUUGUCCCGCUAGCCAUGGACACAGAAAUCCUCAACACAGCUGUCCUCUCUGGGCGUACAGUCGCCGUACCAGUAAAGGUAGUCACCGUGGGGACAGACGGAGCGGUUUCUGAUGUUACGGAGUCAGUGGAGUGCAAAUCAACAGAUGAACAGGUUAUCAAGGUGUCUGAGCGAUGUGACUAUGUCUAUGUAAAUGGGAAAGAGACAAGAGGAAAGAGCAGAGUGAUGCUCAACUUCACCUACAGUUUUCUGAGUGCCCAGCUGGAGAUGAGUGUAUGGAUGCCCCGUCUGCCCUUGCUCAUCGAUGUGGCCGACCCCGAGCUCAGCCAGAUUAAGGGCUGGAGGGUUCCUGUUAGUACGGGCAGCAGGAGGUAUGAAAGAGUCACAGAUGACAAGGACAGUGGUGCCACAGCAGAGGAGAGAACAGAGAACAGCUGUGUGGCCCAGUAUCAGAGCACAACACUACGUGUUCUCACACACUUUGUGGCAGAUGAUGAAGAAAUAAGAGGAGCCGCAGAGGAGGACGGGCUGGGCCAGCAGAACUUCCUCCUGGGCAGUGACUGGCAGGUGGAAGUGACACAGCUAGUCAAGGAUUCUUUGAGGGUGGAGGACCCGAAGGUUGCCCAGCUGCUAGAGGGCCGAGUCCUAAUAGGACUGAGUGCUGGGAACACCAAACUACAGGUGCUGUCCCCUCUCACAUCGUUGGUCUUGGCUGAGAGGGGCAUCAGGGUGCUGGAUGAUAAAGUAAGUGUGACAGAGCUGGGAGUGCAGUUGGUAUCUGGCCUCUCUCUGUCCCUGCAGCUCAGCCCAGGAAGCAACAGGGCCAUCGUUGCCACUGCAACCACACAGGAAGUGAUUGAAUCACUGAAGCAGGAGUCUCUCAUCAGUGCUUGGCUCCAAUUCAGUGAUGGAUCUAUGACUCCUUUAGACAACUAUAACUCUGAACAUUUUACCCUGGUAGCUACCUCACUGGAUGAACAGGUGGUGGUAGUGCAGCACAGCACAACAUGGAAGUGGCCCAUUAUUGUUGCCAAGGGUGAAGGUCAGGGUUUGCUUGUGCGUGUUGAAAUGAAUCCAUCUGAAGUGUGUCAGAAGGGCCGACGAGGUACUGUUAUAGCCACUGGAACCGCAAACAUACAGGUAAGAUUUGGUCAGCCAGAGGAUCAAUACAGACAACCAAGUGACCGACGAGCACGUCCUGAUCCCCCAUAUUAUGGUGGAUCUCUCUCUGACAUGGAAACUGGGUUAAUCAACCGUGGAGCCACUACCAUUAGGGGCAAUAUCCCAGUUAGGCCUAAUGGGGGCCGUUUAGCGGUGGACAGUGGGGCAAGGGUCCCAAGUGAAUUUUCUGAAUAUCCAGACCAGGCUGAUCUUCCUCGGAGCCGCAGCACUGAUGAGGACUCGUUGCCAUCCCGACGAAGCCUGACAGACCUAGAGAUUGGCAUGUAUGCUUUGCUGGGAGUCUUCUGUCUGGCCAUUCUGGUUUUUCUUAUUAACUGCAUCUCUUAUGCAUACAAGUACCGCAGCAAGCAGCUGUCCAUGGAGGCCCCAGAAGCAAUGCCCCAUGCCCAUGACUGGGUUUGGCUGGGCCAAGAGGAGGGGCUAUGUCUUCAGCAACAGCAGCAGGAUGAGCUGGCCGGUACUCUGGAGGAAGGUAGUCAGCUAUUAAAUGGAGGGAUCCAGCGUGAUAAUACUGGUGUGGGAGGAUGCAGCUCAAGUGGGAGGGAUCACAGUAAUGAGUCACUUAACUCACCCACCACCAAAAGAAAGAGGGUUAAGUUCACUACAUUUUCUAACAUCAAGUCCAGUAACGGAUGCCCUGUGCUCACCCCAUUAGCACUAGUGCAGACCAGUGAGAUAAAAUGGGUAUGUCCGGACAUUGAGCUAGGGGACUCAAAGGAUCUUAGGAAAUACAUGGAAAAGCUAAAUGAGAACGCAAUUAAAAAUGUUGCAUAAAUGGGUAAAUGGGUGUUUUAAAAUGAACUAAAGAGAAAUUCACCUGAAUGCCUUCAGAAAAAAACAGGAGGGAAUGAGGGUUAGAGGGAGAAAAGAAAAGAGUACGAGGAGAAAACAGACUGGGACUGCUAUUAAACUGUACCUCAUCAAAACAGGAUAGUGCGUUCAGCAGCAGCCUUUGUUGUUGCUAUGACAAAACUCAAAUGGUCAAGAGGUGAACUACAUCAAAACAUGAUUUGCCACAUCAGUUAUAAAAGGGGGACUGUGAACUUGAUAUUGUUACGCAACUUAAAUGUAUGUUCUUCGUCUUUGACGAACAGUUUCCUUUUCUUUUGCACCAAACUUUUGUCAUCAUGUUUUAAUGUUUAAGUUGUUUUAAUGUUUUUAAGUUGUUGUAUGCCCUGUACCACAUGUCAGCAUUUAUAGAUUCUAGGAGAGAAGGAUUUAAGGCAGUUUUGUAUUGUAUAUAAAUGCAGAGUUUGAGUUGGAGGUAUUAUAUGUAUAGUGACAUUUUGUAAAAGUGAUGAUUGGUUGUGUUUUGGGUUAGUUUUUAUUUUUGUCUCCAGAAACCAGAUCCAAGCAUGAUGUUUUUAAAAGAAAAGGCAUGUGUGCCUGAUCUGGUACCUGAAAUCAAAGUGUGUAGAUAGCUAAUAGCAGUACCUCUGGAGACAUGUCAGUUUAGUACAAUUCCAUUACAGAACUGAGUUUUGGAUUGGCUUCAGUAUGUUGGUAUUGAUUUAAAAAGUUUAGUUAACCCCAACAUUUUCCCUUCUUAUGUUAUGGUUGUUGUUUAUGCACCCCUUCACUUGAGUUGCAUACUUCAUUCUUUUUUUUUUUAAUACUACUUCAAAUCCAUAUGAUUAAAUUAGAACACAUAACAGAAAAACAUUGAUCAAGAUUAUCAACAGACAAUCACAUAAUAACUCAGCCCCUUUUAUUUACUCAAUCCCUUUAUAAUGUUUCAUAAAUAUCAGUCCACCUUACAGGUUCUCUCCUGCUGUGUGACAUUUUCAGUCCCAGUAAAGGAGUCAUGACAGUGAUCAAGUAACAAACUGUGAAAUAAAAGCCCAAAUCUGACCUCUUCACUCUUUUUGUCAUAUCAGUGUUAGUGAAGUCCCUACUUUUAUAUAUCCAUUUUAGAAAUUGGCUGCUGGACUAAUUAAACUGAAGAGGACUUCUCCAUCAUUUUGCUGUGUGAUUCAUUGACCUGGCUGUUGUAUUCUUCCUUCAGUCUGUCUCAUUUUGCACAUCUGACCGGUUUAUGAGAGUACACAAGCAGUGGCGUCAUGAAAUAUCAAAAUGGAGUUGUUGACAGACAGUGCCUCUGCCAGCCAAAGUAGAAGGAAUAAGUUGUAUAUACACUGCUCAAAAGAAAUUAAAGGAACACUUAAUCAUCACACUUAAUCAUCACAGUAUAAACACCAAGUCAGUUAAACUUCAGGGAUAUCACUCUGUCCAUCUGGGAAGCACAAGUGAGAUUGUGAAUCAGUUUCACCUGCUUUGGUGCAAAUGAAAGUAAUAGCAAGUGCAAUGGAGAGUAAAAGGCAAGACAACCACCAAAAAGGGAAUGGUUUUGCAUGUGGUGGCCACAAAUGCUCUCUUUUUAUCCUCACUGAAUGAUUCUUUAAGUUUUGUAUUUUGCUAGUGUCCUUGUCACUACUAGUAACAUGAGGCAGCCCAAUCAGGUUGCACAGGUAGCCCAGCAACCCCAAGAUGCCACAUCAUGCAGUCAUAAGGAGGUUAGUUAUUUCUCCCGGCACAGUCUCAAGAGCAUGGAGGAGAUACGAGGAGACUGGACUUUACACCAAGAUAGCUAGACAGGGAAACAACCCAGCAGCAGGACCGGUAUCUGCUUCUUUGUGCAAGAAGGAAUAAGUAGAGUACUGACAGAGCCCUACAGAAUGACCUCCAGCAGCUACUGGUGUGCAUGUUUCUGACCAAACUGUCAGAAACAGGCUCCGUGAUGGUGGCAUGAGGGCCCCACAUCCUCUAGUAUGACCUGUGCUCACAGCCCAGUACAAUGCAGCUCAACUGGCAUUCACCAGAGAACACCAGAAUCGGUAGGUCCACUAUUGGUGCCCUGAUCUCUUCACAGAUAAGAGCAAGUUCACACUGAGCAGAUGGGACAGACGUGAAAAAGUCUGACGAUGACGUGGUGAACAUUAAUGCAGCCUAUAACAUCAGACCAUGAUUGGUUUGGUGAUGUGUCAGUGAUGGUUUGGGGAGGCAUAUCUUUAGAGGGCUGCACAGACCUCCUUGUCAUGGCCAACAGUUCUCUGACUGUUGUGAGGUUGUGAGACCAUGCUGGUGCAGUGGGCCCUGGAUUCCUCCUGGUGCAGGACAGUGCCUGGUCUAAUGUGGCCAGACUGUGUAGGCAGUUCCUGGGUGAUGGAGGCAUUGAUGCCAUUGACUGGCCCUCACUUUCCCCUGACCUAAAACCAAUUGAACAUCCUAUGAGACAUUAUCUAUUAGUGCAUCCGACACCACCAUGUACCAGCACAGCCCAGCUCACUGAUGCCCUGAUCCAGGUCUGGGAGAAGAUCCCCCAGGACACCAUCCAUCAACUCAUCAGGAGCAUGCCCAGACACUGUUGGGAGUGGUACAGGCACACAGAGACCAUACACACUUUUGAGUCACAUUAUGAACUGCCGUGGUGAAAUUCACAACUUGG